AAAUUUCACAUGCCUAAUUUUUUUAUCAAAUGCUCUAUUUUGCAGUAUGAGAAAUACGAAAAAAAUGCAACUGCGGUCCACGAGCGGAUGCAAACUAUUGCUAACCAUGUGAAUGCCCUUUAUCAACCGCUAAACAUUCGAGUUUCGCUAGUUUGGGCUGAUAUUUGGAGUGGCGUGGAUCCAAUCGCCGUCGAUUUAAACUCUGAUGUGACUCUGAGGAAUUUUCUCACCUUCCGGAAGACUUUUAACAAUAUUCAUCACAAUGAUAAUGCACACCUUUUAACAAAUCUACGGUUUGUUAACGAUGUUGUUGGGAAAGCUUACAAAGGAACGAUAUGUUCUUUUGAUUAUUCUGGUGGAGUUAAUAUGGUGACUUUUGUUGCUGCUACGGUCGCUCAUGAAAUGGGCCAUAAUUUUGGCAUGGAUCAUGAUACAAGUUCCGAAGAUUGCGCUUGCCAGUCACCCGCAGGAUGUAUUAUGGCUGCAGCAUCAGGCGGAUACAACCCCCCUACAUUCUGGUCUGAGUGCAGCUUGAAAUAUCUUUAUAAAGGGUUUUCUCAUGGGCUUGGCGACGCUUGUUUGUUUGAUCAGCCAAAUGAGCUUUUUGGUGGUGCACGAUGCGGUAAUAGUAUAGUUGAAGAUGGCGAACAGUGCGACUGUGGAUCUACAGUGUCGUGCAGUAACAAAUGUUGUGAUCCAAAAACGUGCUUACUUGUUAGUGGUGCAGAAUGUGCUACUGGUGAUUGUUGUGAUUAUGAAACUUGCAAAAUUAAACCCGCAUCGACUAAAUGUCGUACACAAACUAAUUCAUGCGAUUUACCUGAAUAUUGCGAUGGCCAAACGGAGCACUGCCCAGCAGAUUUUUAUGUUCAAGAUGGACUUCCGUGUCCGGAUAGCCCCGAGGAUUACUGCUACGACGGGCAGUGUGGCAACAAGGAUGCUCAGUGUAAGACUAUAUGGGGAAAAACAGGUAGGAUGGCUGAUGAAGUGUGCUAUCAAUUGAAUGUUGGCGGGACUAGUGCUGGAAAUUGUGGCUACGAUCAUGACAAACGCAUAAAUAAACUUUGCGGGCGGCUACAGUGUGAUCACGAAAAUGAAAAGCAUGAGUUGUCUGUUACGUAUAGUCUUCAGCAAGCUUACUCGACAAUUAGAAUGUGGAAUCAAAAGGAUGCCAUUUGUCGAGUUGUUUACACCCAAUAUAAAAAGGCGAAAGAUCCGGGGUUGGUUUUGAGUGGUGCACCUUGUGGUGAUGGGAAGAUGUGUGUGAAUUCAGAGUGCAAAAAUAGGAGUGACGAGAUGAAGUUGAUACCAAGGUGCAAGCCAGAAAAUUGUAAUAACGCGGGUUUAUGUAAUAACAUGGGUAACUGUCAUUGUUUGCCCGGUUAUGGUGGUGUUGAUUGUGCUAUUCCGGGACAUGGCGGUUCAGUAAAUAGUGGACCUGCGUCGGAAAAAGGCCCAUUUGAUGUCGGUUUCUUCGUUUUCUGGCUAAUUCUGGCGGCCGUUAUUUUGUUCUGCAUCGCGUCAUAUAUAGUUAAACGAAAGAAGAACAUUUGGCUUCACAAAGAGAUAUGGAAGAAAGUCAGGGUAACAUUUAACAUACGACGUAUGCUAGUUCCGAUUAGGAAAGCCCCACCACCUCCUCCUGCACCUAUCAGGACUGCAGAACUGAAUGCAAUAUGGGGAGAUUCACCUGAUGAGUUAUUGAGAAAAAAAAAUCGGCCUUUUUUUGAGACUUCUCACGUCACACCAUCUGGCAGUUUUUUGCCAGAGGCUGGUAGGAUUAACACUGGUUUCACUCCUCGGAUGUCUGCCUUGCAGGUAGCAAUUUUAUAUUGGGUUUAA